AUGGCUUCAAGCCUGGCGCCCUUCCUUGUAAAAGGCAAGACUGCAAUUGUCACUGGAGCGGGGUCUGGUAUCAACCUUUGUUUCGCUUCAUUGCUGCUAUCCCGAGGCUGUAAUGUCGUCUUCGCCGAUCUUGGACUGCGUCCGGAGGCCAAAGCCAUAACCGACAAGUAUUCUCAGAGAUCUACGGACCAGCCUCGAGCUUUCUUCCAGAAGACAGAUGUUACCAACUGGGCUCAGCUCUCGCGGAUGUUCCGAGCGGCUGAAGACGAGUUUGGUGGUACCGAUGUUGUGUGCCCAGGUGCAGGUGUCUUUGAACCUCGUUUCUCAAAUUUCUGGCAUCCACCGGGGUCCCCAGAAUCCAAGGAUAGCAUUGAUGGCGAUCGCUACGCGUCCCUUGACAUCAGUCUCACCCAUCCGAUCAGAACUUCGCAACUUGCAAUCUCGGCGUUUCUAUCACACCAAGCCAAGGCAUCUCCUCAGAACCCUAAGCGCAUAGUCAUGAUUAGUAGCGUCGCUGGUCAGGGAGCUUCGCCGAUGGUGCCUCUAUACCACGCGGCUAAGCACGCUAUUAUUGGUUUCACGCGUUCUUUAGCUUUCUUGGACGAGAAACAUGGUAUUCGCGUCAACGCGUGUGCCCCAGGCAUCAUCAAGACACCUCUAUGGACGGACAAUCCUGACAAGAUGAAGUAUUUUGAUGAGGCGAAAGACCUGUGGGCAACCCCGGAGGAUGUUGCUGAGGCUAUGUUGACUCUAGUCGAAGACGAGGCAAUGGUGGGCGGGACUAUCUUGGAAGUUGGUCAUAAGAUCACGCGUGUGGUGCCCAUGUUCGAUAACCCGGGACCGAAGGGUGCUGCUCUCUCUGUUAGCCCAAAACUUGAGCUCAUUGAGGAAGUGUACGACUCGCUGGAUUCAGAAGGCUGGGGACAACCUCGUCAACCAUGUUGA